UGGUCUUCUUGGAGGGACUAUCGGUCAUUUUGCAAACUAUGAUUUCCCUCCAAAGGUCCUUCUGUCAACACAUCUGACGGAGAUCUUCACCAAGAAUUACCUACCACAGUCUGAACAUAUCAAAUGCUAUAACAUGAGUGUUCUGAAUCCUGAUGGACAAACAAGCAAUGAUGAUAUCACAUUCCUUUAUCGACUCGUACCUGGGCAAGCACUCUUAAGCUUUGGUCUGCAUUGUGGACGGCUUGCUGGUGUUCCAAAUGAAGUUGUCCAGAGAGCUGACACUAUUUUGGAGGACAUCCAUUCGAAGAGACCUACAAGGCGUAUGAUCAGCGAGAAGUUAGAAGCAACAGAAAAGCAGUACCAGGAUGCCGUGGCUAAACUGAUGGCCUUCGACACACAAAAUGGUGACCUGGACAGCUUCUUCCAGGAACUCUUUGCCUCUGAAUCGUAACACUGCGAUUCAAGGCUUAAUCUCGCUAGUCGCUAGUAUAGGAAACCCACGGGGGAACAAGUGAAAGCUGGAAUGUCAUUUGCUGCAAGUACUGCAGUUCAUCUGUUGCACUGUUAGCAGCUUCACAUGCCUACUUCUCUUGCAUGUUUAUUUACCCACACACACGUCUUGAUACUCGGAAGCGUCAAACUAUCGAAUGAAUGGAACGCUCAGAAGAUCUUUGUAGUUUGAACA